UGAUACGCGGACAAAUAAAGUUGAAAAUGUCUCUCUUGUAUAAACUUGCCGGUACAUCGGUACGCCAAUUUGGCAGACGCAAUUAUGCCGCCGUAUCACACAUUUCUGCCACGGGACCAUCUUUUGGCUUGACUGAGGAACAAAAGCAAAUGCAGGACAUGGCCCGCAAAUUUGCCCGCGAAGAAAUUAUUCCCGUUGCUGCCAAGUACGACAAAUCGGGAGAAUAUCCCUGGGACAUUGUCAAGAAAGCAUGGUCAUUGGGUCUUAUGAACAAUCACAUUCCCCAGGAAUUUGGCGGUUUGGGUCUGGAUAACUUUACAACUUGUCUAAUUGCCGAAGAGUUGGCAUAUGGUUGUACUGGUAUUAUGACUGCUUUAGAGGCUAGUUCAUUGGGUCAAACUCCAAUUAUUCUCGCCGCCAAUACAGAACAAAAGAAAAAGUAUUUGGGCCGUCUAAUUGAGGAACCCUUGGUGGCCGCUUACUGUGUUACGGAACCUGGUGCUGGUUCGGAUGUUGCUGGUAUUAAGACUCGUGCCGAGAAGAAGGGUGACGAAUAUGUUAUCAACGGACAAAAGAUGUGGAUCACAAACGGUGGUGUCGCCAAUUGGUAUUUCGUUUUGGCCCGUACUAAUCCCGAUCCCAAAUGCCCAGCUAGCAAGGCCUUUACUGGGUUCAUUGUUGAACGCGAUACUCCUGGGCUUACACCUGGCCGCAAAGAAAUCAACAUGGGCCAACGUGCAUCUGACACUCGUGGUAUUACAUUCGAAGAUGUUCGCGUUCCCAAAGAAAAUGUUCUUAUCGGCGAAGGAGCUGGUUUCAAAAUUGCAAUGGGCACUUUCGACAAAACACGAGCCCCCGUUGCUGCCGGUGCUGUUGGUCUGGCACAACGUUGUCUGGAUGAAGCUCUCAAGUAUUCAUUGGAACGUAAAACAUUUGGCGUUCCAAUUGCCUACCAUCAAGCUGUGCAAUUUAUGCUGGCCGACAUGGCUAUUGGUGUAGAAACCGGCCGCCUUGCUUACCGCAUGGCCGCUUGGGAGGUCGAUCAGGGUCGCCGUAACAGUUAUUAUGCCUCCAUUGCCAAAUGUCAUGCUGCUGAUAUGGCCAAUAAAAUCGCUUCCGAUGCCGUCCAAAUCUUUGGAGGAAACGGUUUCAACACUGAUUACCCUGUAGAAAAAUUGAUGCGGGAUGCCAAGAUUUAUCAAAUCUAUGAGGGAACAUCACAGAUUCAACGCCUUAUCAUUUCAAGAAAUAUGUUUGAGGCAGCCAAGCAAUCUUCCCAAUAAGACUAAAUUCCU